GUCUCCAAGUGUGCCCCAGGCUCCCAGGCAGACCCCUGCGAUGGAAGCCGAAGCUUCUCCGCCGGUUGGAUCGCCCCCUUGCUGCCUGUGGUUCCAGAGCCCUGGCGUCUACAAGGAUGAGAAGGGGAGGAUCUGGGUGGCUGUGGCUCUACAGAUCAAUCCCUCCCACCGAGCUCGGGGCAGCGAGGCCCCUGAGAGCACACAUGAAGUCGGCCUCACGGUCCAUCUGUGGCAGUUACCCAACCAGAUGCCCAGGUCCCCCAGCUGUCCGCUUGUGUCUGGGCUGCCCACUAAGUGGGAGCUCUAUCCUGGGCGAAGGUACCAAGGAACAGAUUCCAGACUCUGGGAAAUAAUGGACCACGGCCAGGUCAUCUCCACGGAAAAUCUGAUCCUCAAACGUCUGCCGAGUGGGAACCACUGA